AUGUUGGUAAAGAGAUUUCGAGUUCAACUCAACCAUGUGAUAUAAAAUGAUAAAGUACACUAUUAAAUCACAGUUAUAAAUUUAAAUAAUGAAAAAGAAAUAAAAACUACUACUAAUCGAUAUUCGUAAUUAAAAGAUUUUCAUGAUCAAUUGCAUAAAAAUAUUACUCUCUUAAAACUAUAAUUAUAAUUACCAUAAUUUCCAGGAAGAUCUCUUUUUAACAAAACUAAUAAGAAUGAAGAAAGAAUUAAGCAAAGACAAUUUGAAUUAGAAUCUUAUUUUAAUGAACUUUUUAGCAUAGAUAAAAUACUUAGUUUAACACCAGUUCAAUAAUAUUUACCUAUAGAGAAUGAUCCAAAAUAAUAGUAAAAUAUAUAUAAUAUUAUUAGAAUGAAUAUUAGUAUUAAGAUUGAAAACUAUGUAAUUUAUGAUGACGUAGUUGUAUAUUCUCUACGUUUCAAGAAUAAUUUAACAAAUGAAGAAUGGUUAUAUAAAUAAAGGUAUUCUGAAAUUAAAAAUAUUCAUGAUGCACUUAUUGAUCAAGGAUUUAAAAACAAGUUGCCAUCAUUUCCAACACGGAAAUUAUUUGGAUAAACUAAUGAAAAUCCAGGUAAAAUUUUAUAUAAUUAUAAUAAGAAACUAUUGAAAAAAGAAGAGAAGACUUAGAAACAUAUUUGAAUGCUUUGUUCUCUAUUCAAGAAAUACAAGAAAGUUAAAUAAUUCAAUUUUUUAUAUCAGAUUCCAAAAAAUAUCACGAAAAGAAUUUAAAACUUGAGGAAUUAAAAAAAUCAUCUACACUUAAAACUAAAGGUGACCUAAACCAAAGAGUCAAAGAGAUUUCAAAGAAAUCUAACCUUUAAAUCUACUAAAAUAAAUGA